CGGCGGAGCUAAUAUGGUCGCCGGCGAUGGACCCUGCCAGGCCAGGAAUCCCCUACCAGCCCGUGAUUGAGGCAUUAGGAGACUAUCCACAAAAGAAAUUCUACAAUGUCUCGAAGCUUGGAGGCACCAAAUAUGAUACUCUGCCUUAUUCCAUACGAGUGUUGUUUGAAUCCAGCGUCCGUAACUGUGAUGGCUUCUUAGUGAAAGAAACAGAUGCUAUGAACAUUUUGGACUGGAAAACAAAGCAGAAUAAUGUUGAAGUGCCCUUCUGUCCUGCCAGAGUUGUUCUUCAAGAUUUUACUGGAAUUCCUGCCAUGGUGGAUUUUGCCGCCAUGCGGGAAGCAGUGCGAAAUGCUGGAGGAGAUCCGAUGAAAGUCAAUCCUGCCUGCCCAGCAGAUCUCACUGUUGACCAUUCUCUGCAGAUUGAUUUCAGCAAAUGUGCAAUACAGAAUGCCCCAAAUCCUGGGGGUGGUGAUUCCCAGAAGGCAGCAGCAAAACUUUCUCCACUUAAAGUACAGCCUCGGAAGUUACCUUGCAGGGGGCAGACAGGCUGCAAGGGGCCGUGCAGCGCUGCGGAGGCGAGUCGCAGCGCGGGACAGUUUUCUGCACAGAUUGAGAACACGCCGAUCCUGUGUCCUUUCCAUCUUCAGCCAGUGCCUGAGCCUGAGACAGUACUGAAAAAUCAAGAGAUGGAAUUUGGCCGAAAUAGAGAGAGGCUUCAGUUUUUUAAGUGGAGUUCGAAAGUUUUCAAGAAUAUUUCUAUAAUUCCGCCUGAAACUGGAAUGGCGCACCAAGUUAACUUGGAGUAUUUGUCAAGAGUUGUUUUUGAAGUUAAAGAUUUCCUAUAUCCUGAUAGUGUGGUUGGCACAGAUUCGCAUAUGACCAUGGUUAACGGCUUCGGUAUCUUGGGCUGGGGUGUUGGGGGCAUCGAAACAGAAGCGGUGAUGCUGGGGAUGCCGGUUACGCUCCCGUUGCCCGAGGUCGUCGGCUGUGAGCUGACCGGCACGGCCAGCCCGCUCGCUACGUCCAUAGACAUCGUCCUGAGCAUCACCAAGCAACUUAGGCAAGCUGAUGUUGCUGGAAAGUUUGUCGAGUUCUUUGGGAGUGGAGUUUCCCAGCUGUCUGUAGCAGACCGAACCACAAUAGCAAAUAUGUGUCCUGAAUAUGGUGCUAUUCUGAGCUUUUUCCCUGUUGAUAAUGUGACACUGAGGCACUUAAAACAUACAGGUUUUGACAAGACCAGGCUUGAGGUCAUAGAAGCAUAUCUUAAAGCUGUGAAGUUAUUUAGAAAUGAUGAGAGUUCUUCUGGAGAACCCGAAUAUUCCCAGGUAGUACAAAUUAGUCUAAGUUCUAUAAUUCCAUACGUCAGUGGCCCCAAGAGGUCCCAAGAYAGAGUGGCUGUUAAUAACAUGAAAAGUGAUUUCCAAGCCUGCUUAAAUGAAAAGUCUGGUGUUAAAGGGUUUCAGAUUGCAGCUGAGAAGCAGAAUGACGUUGUGCCUGUUCAGUAUGAAGGAAAUGAAUACCAGCUCUCUCACGGCUGUGUUGUCAUUGCUGCAGUAAUCAGCUGUACAAAUAAUUGCAAUCCAUCCGUCAUGCUUGCUGCAGGACUUCUGGCCAAAAAAGCUGUUGAAGCUGGCCUAGUGGUUAAGCCCUACAUAAGAACCAGCUUGUCGCCGGGUAGUGGAAUGGUUACACAUUACCUCAGUUCAAGUGGAGUGUUACCAUACCUCAGUAAACUUGGGUUUGAGGUGGUUGGUUAUGGCUGUUCAACCUGUGUUGGAAACACUGCUCCCUUGCCAGAAGCCAUCAGGAAUGCAAUAAAACAGGGUGAUAUUGUUGCCUGUGGAGUGUUAUCUGGAACCAAGAACUUUGAAGGGCGUCUCUGUGACUGUGUCCGCGCCAACUACCUCGCGUCGCCGCCGCUGGUAGUCGCGUACGCUAUAGCCGGCACUGUCCGGAUAGACUUUGAAAGCGAGCCUUUAGGCGUUGGCAUUAAUGGCAAAAGUAUCUACUUACGAGAUAUUUGGCCUACUCGAAAAGAACUUCACACGGUGGAGGAAGAGUGUGUAAUAUCAUCUAUGUUUAAAGAAUUGAAAGAACGAAUGGAGAAAGGAAACAAACGGUGGAACUUACUGGAAGCACCUGAGUCAACUUUAUUUCCCUGGGAUUUAAAAUCUACUUAUAUCAGAUGUCCUUCAUUUUUUGAUAAACUUGCCAAAGAACCAGUUCCACCACAGCCUAUUGAGAAUGCCCAUGUCUUGCUGUAUUUGGGAGAUUCUGUAACCACAGAUCACAUAUCUCCUGCUGGAAGUAUUGCAAGGAGCAGUGCUGCUGCUAAAUAUCUGACCAGCAAAGGACUCACGCCUCGUGAGUUCAACUCUUACGGAGCUCGCAGAGGUAAUGAUGCUGUGAUGACAAGAGGUACCUUUGCAAAUAUCAAGCUUCUGAAUAAAUUCUUAGGAAAACCAGCUCCUAAAACAAUCCACUUUCCAUCAGGACAAACGCUAGAUGUGUUUGAAGCAGCAGAGCUGUACCAGAAAGAAGGCAUCCCUGUAAUUAUUUUAGCCGGAAAGAAGUAUGGACUUGGUAGCUCAAGAGACUGGGCUGCAAAAGGACCUUUUUUACUGGGUGUUAAAGCUGUUCUAGCUGAAAGCUACGAGAAGGUUCACAGAAGUCAGUUGAUUGGAAUUGGCAUAGCUCCACUUCAGUUUCUUCCUGGGGAAAAUCCAGCUACUCUGGGUCUCACUGGCAGAGAGCAGUUUUCUAUAUUGUUCCCUCAAGAGCUGUCACCAGGAAUGACAUUGGAUAUUAAGACAAGCACUGGAAAAGCAUUCAACGCACUUGCCUUGUUUGAAAAUGAUAUGGAGCUAACGUUAUACAAAUCUGGUGGAAGUCUAAACUUUGUGGCGCGAAGAUUCUUAUAGUAGCUACUGACUCUGGGGGUACCUUGCAUAACUGGUAAUACUGAAAAUGCCUUGUGUGAACCCAGGAAUCUGUACUGUGGAACUGCAAACAGUCCUAGUGUGCUCAAAGUUACUUCGUCCAUGGAUGUAAAAGAUUGUGAAUCAUUGUAACUGCAACAAGAUCCUUCCUGAUUUUAAAUAAUAUUCUAAUGGUGCUAUUAAACAUUGCUAAAAUCAACAUGUGUGUUGUGGCAGAGAGCUGUAAGUAUCGAGGGGGAUGUUUUAUCAGACCAUUUUGUAAAUAAACUAUGCGAAAUCUGAAACUGAUUGUGCUGAAGAUUAUUAUCUAAGAAGGUUUUCUGAAGUUGUUUCCACUUAGUUUUUGCACCUGUAAAUCUGUGUACUGCUGUUUGUUGGUUUAAAGGUAGCAGAAGGUAUGGAAUGUUAAAGGCCAAACUAAUGGAUUUUUAGGGCAUCCAGAAUUUAAGAGAUUAUCAGUUUUGAAUUUAUUAUUCUUUAAACUGUGGGCUGAACGGAAAGGAUCCAUGUGCAGCCCAUAGUGUCCUGUAUCAUAGACCAYGACUUUCUUACCUUUAUUAUGGGAUUAUAUAUUCCCUCUGGGUACACUGCUCACAUUAUGAAAUACUGUGUGCUAGAAGUUUGAUGUUUUCACAGGCAAUGUUUCUGAAUCUAAAAAAAAACAACUUGCAAUAAGUUUUUUUCAGUGCAGACUAAGUGUGAUCCCCAGCUUUUUUGGCAAGCUAGCGCGCUUCGAUUGAAAAGCUUGCGCUUACUUCCAGGGGUGCAGUUUGUCCCUUAUCUSACAACAGCUUUUGCUGCACUGGUUCUGGUAUUGGUACCUGAAGUACUUCCCUUCGUAUUUUAACCUUCUAAAAAUCUUUAAAAACACAUUUGAACUGUUUUAAUUCCUCUGCUUUAAAUAUGGCCUGUAUCUACUUUACUAGUAAAAUGUUUAAUAGCUAAAUAUGGCCUGUUGAUACUUUCCAAAAUGCUGUAGUUUACAGCCCCUCUCAACAAGUGACUUUUUCCCGUUACCAGAAUUCUGAACAAAUCUCGUUCUUAUGUCACUGCAAUUGCUGUAAACUCAAUUGUCAACCCACCUGGAAGAAAAAAAAAAAAACCCUAUUAUCUAUGUAAUAUUGAUGGAACAUGCACAGUUUUUGCACAAAAAAAAAAAAGUUCUACAACUUGAAACAUUCUAGCUCUAAUUCAAAAAGUUCAAGUGACUUUUUACUGUUAGCUUCAGGUCAUUAUUUCUUUGCUGAUGUAACUUGAACAGCUUCAUUUGAAAAUAUGGUUUGCAGUUACAUAGACACUAAUGUCUUUUGGAGGAGAAAACUGCAGUAACUUGGCUAUAAAUUGACAGAACUUUUGCAUUAAGACUUUUGCUCUUGAUAAGUGUUAUCUUAAACACUGGAACUUUCAAGAGGACUCAUUAUCUUUGCUACAUAUGCUCAAAACUURCCCUAGACACUAAGUUGAUUUGCAGGCUAACAGAGGAAUGACCAUUCAAAUCUUUGAGUGUUUCUCACAUUUUUUAAAACUGACAUAAUUACUGUAAAAUAUUAAUUUGAGAGGACAGUUCAAAUGUCAUACAAUUUUUAUUUCAUUGGCAUAUCUUUGUGGUUUUUCUUUAAUCUUUAUCCGAGGAAAAAAAAUCUUUAAAGUUUGAAAUUCUGUAUAUUCUGUUCCUGUAUUUCACUAGUUUUGCUGUGCUUUUCUUUUAGUCAAGAUAAAAACCAUUCCAGUGACUCAUACUACUUGUAGAGGUAGGAAAUUAGUGCAUUUUUAAUAUUGAAUGCAGCUGAUUU